AUGUCGCUGCGAAAGAUCGUUACUGUCACCGGCGGCAAUGGUGGAAUUGGCUAUGAAACAGUCAAAGCACUCCUCACUUCUCAAAAGCCUUACCACAUUCUAAUGGGCAGUCGCUCUUUGGAAAAGGCAAAGUUCGCCAUUGAGACCCUCAAAGAAGAAUGCCCCCAGGCAACCAACACCGUCGAAGCUAUACAAAUCGACCUUACUAGCGACGAAUCCAUCGAAGCAGCGUUCAAGCAGGUCGACGAUACCCACGGGCACAUCGAUGUUUUAGUCAACAAUGCCGGAGCAACAUUCGAUAUCGACUACACAGCCGGCAAAGUGUCUCUACGGGAGUGCUUCAACAAAGCCUACGACGUCAACGUCACAGGAACGAACGUUCUAAGCUACACAUUUAUGCCUUUACUCCUGAAAUCCAGCGACCCACGUCUUCUAUUCGUAGCCGGCCUCUCGGCGAUCAACCAAGCAGGGAAACAAUACUUCCCGACGCCUCCACAGCCUGCGGGGUGGCCGAAGAAGAUUGGAUUCGAAACAAUUGGGUAUCGCUGCAGCAAAACAGCUCUGAAUAUGCUGAUGCUGGAUUGGAAUCACAAGCUCAAGGCGGAUGGGGUCAAGGUCUGGGCUGUUGGGCCUGGGAUGCUGGCUACCAAUUUGGGGGGUGUGCCGGAGCUGGCAAAGGCUAUGGGGGCACAGCCGGCUAGUCUUGGUGGUGAGAUUUUGAAGGCGGUUAUUGAGGGCGAGAGGGAUCAUCAGGUUGGAAAGAUUGUGGUUCGUUCUGGGAUUAUGGAUUGGUGA